AUGGAGAAAUGCAAGCUCCGAGCCAACUCAGCAGUAUAUUGGGUAGGCAUGUACAAAGACAUAGAAAAGACAGUUUCUACAUGCUACAUCUGUCAAAAGUACAGAAACUCACAACAAAAGGAGGAAAUGAUAUCUAGUGACAUCCCAAGAAGGCCAUGGCAAACUAUUGGAGUAGAUCUGUUCACAGAAAGCCAAGAAUCGUAUUUGAUAAUGGCCUGCUACUACUCCAAAUUUCCAUUUGUGAGAAAAAUGAAAGACCCGAGAGCCAAAACAAUCACUGCAGGGGCUCGAGGACUUCUAGCAGAGCAACGAAUACCAGAGCAGAUCAUAUGUGACAAUGGAACCCAGUUCACAUCGCAAGAAUUCAAAAAGCUAGCCGAUGAGUAUGGGUUCAAUAUUACAACCUCAUCUCCACACUACCCCAAAGGUCAUGGGUUUAUAGAAAAACAGGUGCAGACAGUGAAGAGAACAGUAGUCAAAUGCCGAGAGAUUAAGGAAGACUCACACCUGGCACUUCUGUCCCUACGAGUGAUACCACUGAGAGCUGACAUGAAAUCCCCAGCAGAAUUGCUGAAUGGUAGGAAGUACAAAACUACCCCGCCAACUAAGAUCCAGCCUCCUAUUGACCAGGAAGAGACAAGGGCAAAGCUAGCAGCCACUCAAGAACAAUCACAGAAAUAUUACAACAAACAUGCACAAUACUUACCUGAGAUACUUGGAGGACAACAUGUCCAUACUCAAGAUCCCAUAACUAAAACAUGGAUCCCAGCACAGGUUGUCAGUAGAGCUGAAAAUCCAAGAUCGUAUAUAAUAGAAACGGAAUCUGGUAGGCAGCUGAGACGCAACAGGGCCCACAUCCGCCCAACACCAAAGCUGUCGCGGACAACAUGUACAACACCUGCUGCAUUAGUGACAACAUCCACAGAAUCAUCACCCCAACGGGCACCAACCACCCAUCAGCAGUCCAACAACACACCUCAGACACCGGUGCGAAGCACAAUCCACCAGAUGGCGAAAGAACAUCCUGCCACCGGUUCGAUACCGUUUAUGGCUUAG